UCUGAAAAAAGAAGCAAGAAAGCAGCGUUUGGCAGCGAGAGCUUGGGGAGAGAAGAAGAUCAAAAAACCUCUCUCUCUCUCUCUCUCUCUCUCUCUCUCUCUCUAUCGAUCGUCUUCUUCCUCUACAAACCUUCUCGAUCUCUCUCUCUGUCUCUGCCAUGGCGCUCUCCGAGAAACCCUCGCGUAACUCUCUGAUCCCUAACUUCCUCUACUCCUCCACCUCCGCCAGGACACUCGCGCUCGACAGAAUCCUCCACGCCCGCCCUACAGCCGCCGCCUCACCUGAUGUCGAGCCGAUCGCUCCGAGGAAGAACUUCAUCAUCGCGUCUCCGGAAGAGCCGAGCAAGAAGAUCGAGAUGUACUCGCCGGCCUUCUACGCCGCCUGUACGGCAGGAGGAAUCCUUAGCUGCGGUCUCACUCACAUGGCCGUCACUCCUCUCGAUCUCGUCAAGUGCAAUAUGCAGAUUGACCCUGCAAAGUACAAAAGUAUCACGUCUGGGUUCGGAGUUCUACUCAAGGAGCAGGGUGCCAGAGGUUUCUUCAGGGGAUGGGUGCCGACCCUCCUUGGUUACAGUGCGCAGGGUGCUUGCAAGUUCGGAUUCUACGAGUUUUUCAAGAAGACCUACUCUGACAUUGCUGGACCAGAGUAUGCUGCCAAGUACAAGACUUUGAUUUACCUUGCUGGCUCUGCAUCUGCGGAGGUGAUAGCAGAUGUUGCUCUCUGCCCAUUUGAAGCAGUGAAGGUCCGAGUUCAAACUCAACCUGGAUUUGCUCGUGGUUUAUCAGAUGGGCUUCCCAAGUUCGUCAAAUCUGAAGGCACUCUUGGGUUGUACAAGGGUCUUGUUCCACUCUGGGGUCGCCAAAUACCUUACACUAUGAUGAAGUUCGCUUCCUUUGAGACUAUUGUGGAAUAUAUCUACAAGUACUCCAUCCCAACACCAAAGGACCAGUGCAGCAAAUCUCUUCAGCUUGGUGUGAGUUUUGCUGGUGGUUACGUAGCGGGUGUGUUCUGUGCUAUUGUGUCUCAUCCUGCUGACAAUCUUGUCUCAUUCCUCAACAAUGCCAAAGGAGCAACUGUUGGUGAUGCGGUAAAGAAGCUCGGUUUGUGGGGUCUCUUCACCCGUGGACUUCCUCUACGUAUUGUCAUGAUCGGAACUCUUACUGGAGCUCAAUGGGGUCUCUAUGAUGCAUUCAAAGUUUUUGUGGGACUGCCAACGACCGGCGGUGUUGCUCCCGCUGCCACCACUGCUGCUACUGAACUUGCAAAGGUUUAAAAUGUUAUAACGGUCAAAAUCAUGGCGGUUUUUAUUGUUUAUUUAUGGAACUGAGAAAACGUGGUCGUACGGGGAUGAAAUAAACAUGAUAGGGUUGCUGAAGCUUCUUGAAACUACUACGGGAGAGUCUUUUGCAUUGGGAAUAUGUCUCCAAUUUUUCCAUUUUGGUUAUUACCUUUUCUUUUUGCUUUCUUGCAGAGGGUUUUUUGUUCUCAUCCUCGCGAAAAACUUUAACUUUCUAGUUAGAUUAGAUAUGGAUUUGAAUUUUGAAUUUCAGGAUCAUUUUGCCGCCCCUGUUAAGUUAGGAUUAGGUAAUAAUGCUGCAAAUGGGGGAUCUACAUUGCCAUUUCAAGAAUUCCGGGCAUGGGAUUUAUGCCUGUUUAUGUUAUUUUCAAUUCAUUUUAUAGUUCUUAUAUUGCAUUUGCACCCUUUUUUAUU